UUUUUCACAUUUAUUCAUGUAAGUAUUUAUAACCAUGAAAUAAAUAACAACGUACCAGUCUUGCCUGUUUCCUUGGUGUACUGGUAACCAAAUAAAGUAUGCAAAACCAAGUACACAAACAGGGUAAGAUAUCCAAAUCAUAACAGUGUAUGGUAAGUCAUAUAUGUGCAAAUCAUAGGUGGUCAGUCACAAGUCUGAAGUGUCACAGAACCAACAGAGAGCCGACGAAGAUGGACGUAGUCCUGCUGCUCCUCAUGGCUGCAUCAGGGCUGAGCGCCGUCUCAGCAGAGUUCCUUCGCCGAACCUAUUUUGUUAGUACACAGAGGAACAUGACUGAAGCUCAGAGGUACUGCAGAGAAAAACACACUGACCUGGCAACUAUACACAACAUGCAGAACGUGAAGGUUUUGAACAACACGGCAGCUAAUUUUUACUGGAUUGGGCUGUAUGAUGGUGGCCUGUACAGCUGGAAGUGGUCACUGUCAGACACCAGCUUCUACAGAGACGGGGAGAAAAAGUUCAGACAGUGGUUUCCUGGUCAGCCAAAUGACGUUGAAAAUGGAGAGCACUGCACAGUGAUGGAUAGUGGACAAUGGCAAGACUAUAAUUGUAAUCGUCGUUUUAGCUCGGUCUGCAUGGAUGUCAGAGGGCUGAAUGUAACAUUUGUCUACAUAUCGACUCUCAUGACCUGGACUGAGGCCCAGAGCUACUGCAGAGAACACCACACAGACCUGGCCAGCGUGAGGACCGCAGCAGAGAACCAGAAGGUAGACAACGUGAUACCUGCAGGUGUAGCAUGGAUCGGCCUCUUCAGAGAUCCCUGGAUAUGGUCGGAUGGAAGUAACUCCUCAUUUAGGUACUGGGCUCCUGGUCAACCUAAUAACACUGGUGGGAAAGAUGCUUGUGUGGCGGCAGACUUGGGCAGCGAUGGAAAAUGGUACAAGAAUCCCUGUGACCUGGAGAGACCGUUCGUUUGCUACGCACUACUCCCUGUGACUACAAAGCAAGUGAUCAAAGUGCGUCUGGUGAGAAAGGACUCCUCUCUGGAUCUCAACGACCCUGCUGUCAUGGAACAAAUGUUGAAGGAGGUCCAACAGAGGCUGAAGGACCAGGGGGUGAAAGGAGACGUCAAACUGAGCUGGAGGAAGCAGGCAGAUGGAAAGGUCUUCCACAAGGAGGAGGAGGAGGAAGAGACAAAGGAGAAGAAGACCCGUCGCAAGAGGGACGAGUUUUAA